AUGAGUCUCAAUCGCAAAGAUGAUAACCCGGAUGACAGGGCCGCUCUGCGUCACGGCUUGACGCAGCUACCUGCCGGAGCUGCAGAGGUAUUCCCACAGGCACAGGUCAAGCAAAGAAAUCCUGCUCUCGCUGCAGUGACGGACAGGUUAGCAGAGCCCGUCGUGGCGGCCUUCAUUGGCGGUGGUGUUGCAGGCGCCGUGUCCAGAACGAUUGUGUCCCCGCUGGAACGGCUGAAGAUUCUCCUUCAGGUCCAGAGUGUUGGUCGAGAAGAAUACAAACUCUCCAUAAGCAAGGGUCUUGCCAAAAUGUGGAGAGAAGAAGGCUGGAGAGGAUUCAUGCGUGGUAAUGGAACAAACUGUAUUCGAAUUGUUCCAUACUCCGCAGUCCAAUUUGGAAGCUACAACUUAUAUAAAAAGGCAUUUGAACCGACGCCUGGUGGAGAGCUGACUCCCCUGAGACGGCUUACAUGUGGUGGACUCGCUGGUAUAACUUCCGUUACUUUCACUUACCCGCUGGAUAUCGUACGCACCCGCCUUUCGAUCCAGUCAGCAUCCUUUGCGGAACUGAAAAACCAGCAUCAAACAAAACUACCUGGGAUGUAUGAGACAAUGCGCCUCAUGUACAAGAAUGAGGGUGGCAUCGUUGCAUUAUACAGAGGAAUUCUCCCUACCGUUGCCGGCGUGGCUCCUUACGUUGGAUUAAAUUUCAUGACAUAUGAAUCUAUACGAAAGGUCCUCACACCUGAAGGUGAUGCAAAUCCAAGUGCUCUGAGGAAGCUACUAGCAGGAGCCAUAUCAGGUGCUGUGGCUCAAACAUGCACAUAUCCAUUUGAUGUUCUCCGCCGUCGGUUCCAGAUAAACACCAUGUCUGGUAUGGGAUACAAAUACACAUCCAUAUUCGAUGCCGUCCGAGUAAUCGCUCUUGAAGAAGGCCUCCGCGGUUUCUACAAGGGCAUCGUUCCUAACCUGCUAAAAGUUGCUCCAAGCAUGGCCAGCAGCUGGCUCAGUUUUGAGCUUACACGGGAUUUCUUCGUCGGUCUAUCAAAAUAG